AUGUACAACAAUCUCUUUGCCCAUAUCGACAUACCACCCCGAAACAUCCACAUUCUAGACGGCAAUGCUCCUGAUCUUACCAAAGAAUGCCAAAACUUUGAGGCAAAGAUCGCCAAAGCCGGCGGCAUAGAUCUCUUCCUGGGUGGAGUUGGUCCAGACGGCCACAUUGCCUUCAACGAACCUGGAUCCAGUCUCAGUUCACGCACCAGAGUCAAGACCCUGGCCUACGACACCAUCCUUGCCAACUCCCGUUUCUUCAACAAUGAUCUUUCCCAGGUGCCUCGCACUGCACUUACAGUCGGCAUCAAAACCAUCAUGGAUGCGCGAGAGGUUGUUAUCGUCGUGACUGGCGUGCACAAGGCUAAGGCCCUGCAAAAGGGCAUCGAAGGAGGCGUUAACCACAUGUGGACCCUCUCCGCUCUCCAGCUACACCAGCACCCUCUCAUCGUAGCUGAUGAAGAUGCAACUCUCGAGCUAAAGGUGAAAACAGUCAAGUACUUUGAAAGCAUCGAGCUCUCCGGCACGGACGCACGCACUCAGGGCCCUCCCCUUGUUCAAUUCACAAAGCCAUACGUGCCCGUGGCUCCACCGGCAGACCUCGGCACCCCCGUCAGCUCGAGAAAGGGCCUCAAAAUCGACACUGCUUUCAAUGCCAAAGAUAGCGAUCCGGACGAACUCACGCCCGACAGCAUGUCUUCGCGCAUCGUCGACUCUGCUAUUGCGGGCCUGGACGAAACCAUGACCCGUGGCGGAGAUCUGAUUUUCGACCGCAUGGGUUCUCGAAUUCCCACACAGGGAUGA